AGGCAAUAGCCAUGCACAAAAUCUAACGUUUCGGCAUAGCCCAGUAUUUGUAAAAUCCUAAAUUUGUUGAGUUUCCGGUAAAGUAUCGGUCGACCCCCUUCUUUAAUCAGCCAGAUGGCCGGCAUCGUUCUAGGCGGUAUUGCCGCAUGUCGUCGAUCCACUCACUACCUCGGAAUCCUGCGCGUCUCCUUCCGCCCCCUCUAUUUUAGUCCUUUCAAUGCCCCACUGCAUCAGCGACUUCGCCGGCACUCUAGCUCCUCGGAUUCGGGGGAUUCCGGUGAGAAGAAGUCCAUACAGGUGUCCCAGGGACCAGCUUCCACUUCUGGUGGCUUGGAUACGACAGCAGCACCGCCCAAUCCGCCGGAGGUUCCCGGUGUACGGCGACCAGAAUCGCCCUACGAGGCCAGACCCGAGCUGCCCGUUGAGGUUCAGCCAAAUCGCUCCCAUCCCCCGCCCGCAGAGGUCAAACCGCCAAAUCCACUCACUAUCAUCUGCAGUUCGGGUAAUAAAGAUUUAUCAGAAUCUUUGAAAGAUGUUUUAGAAAAAAAUGAAAACUCCCGAGGCGAUAGUAUUGCUAUAAAUAUAACGGAAAAAAAAGACUUGAAGACAAAGAUUGAAUCACAAGCUUCGUCUCCAGUUGAACUCAACUCUACAAAAUCAGUCUUCACUUCUAAUAAUCAAGCAACGCCUCCAAUUAAUGCUGAACUUAAAUCCUCGGAUUUGACCGCAAAUGGAUCUAAAACGGAUGUGCCCCAUCAAACAUCUUUCGUAAUUCCAUCUGUUGUUAAGUCUCAAGAUUCGACACCAGCUAAGUCAAAAGAUAAGAACAUACCUGAAAUCGUCCAUUCUACAGAGUCUCAGUCGUCGACUGAAGCUAAAUCAAAGUCCGCAAAGUCCCAAACUUCCAGCCCUCAAGUUCAGGUUAUUGAUUUGGAUCCCAAGCCAAGGUCCGAUUCUAUCACAUUUCAUUCAGGUGGGAGUCUCGAUUUAAAGAUUACACCAAGUUCAAUAUCCAAAUCACAAACAGAGAAGACAGGUUCUCAGUGUACCACCUCCGUUGAAGAACUUGGACAAAGCUCUGAGCUUAAGACCAGAGAAACCAAAACUCCUAAGGCAGUUCCGAAUUCUAGUUUUAAUGUGCCUUUGGAGAUCAAAGCCAAUACAAAAACACCCAUCUAUAGCAGGACAGAAUUUGGUGAGAUAUUAGAUAAAGCUCGUGAAAAAAGGUUCCAAACUGUGAAAGAAAGUGUGGUUGACAGAGAUGAUAUCCAAAAGUGGGUUGAAAAGUUUAAGUUGGCGGACAAAAAGGCUAGCUCCGUCCUCGACAAUAAAACCUCAGAGGGAAUCUCGGAAUCCUCUAAGUGCAAUAAAGACAAGCCAGCUUAUAUUAAGGAAUCCUUAGUGAAGGAAAACAAUAAAUGGGUGCCCAAGGACACAACUUCUUUGAAUACUUCUUUAUCCCCCUCUGGUCAGAAUUUCACUACAAAGACUAGCCCCCAAACCGCACUGCCACUGAAAAUCGUGGCCAAGCACGAAGCUCCAACGGAGUUUAGGAAAACAUUCAACCCUAUACCUUCCUCUGAGCUUAAGUCAAGUAAGGAUACUCACUUCAAAGCAUCGAGUGAAGCAACAAAGCCCGUAGAAUUUAUUCUUAGUCAGCCUCCUGCAACUAACAAUGCGGGAUCUGAUUCUUGGCAAUCUGGAUCCAAACAAUCAAAUGCAACGUUUGAGGCAGAACCCAAUAAAAUGGUUUUCGUUGCUCAUGAGAAACUUAAAAGCCAGUCGACAGAUGAAAUAGUGGCAAUGUUUAAAGACGACUACGAUCAUGAUCAGACCCAAAUGGAAGAAGGAAGAGUCAGGGAAUUAUUCGAGACACUAGAUAGAUUUGAUGGUAGUCCGAAUCCUUCGUGGACCUCUGUAGCUACCAAAAACAGUGAAGUGAAAGGUAUGUCCACGCAUUCAUCGAGUUCCGAUAAAAAAGCAGGUAAUACCAAUAAUGAAACAGGACACCUUGAUGAUACGGACUCGGGUAAUAAAGCUGAGGACUAUUUUAAAAAACUUGAAAACUUAGACUCAACCAUCCGAGAAGAAGAGGUAUUUCAGAAAUCGGAAGACAGUGCCAACGAAAAUGUUUUUGCUAAACUUAGUAACUUGAAUUCAACAAUUCGAGAGGAAAGCGGUGAUAAACUAAAGGAAAAGGACGGGUCUAAAAAGAGUGAAAUGGAGGAUAAGAAGAAUGUCGAUCAGGCAAGUUUUGAUCUAGCGCAAAAGAUUUCUGCCUUUAUGAAGACUGCUGGAGGAAGUGGUAAUAGGACCGAUGCCACCCAAAACGCAAAAAGAUUAAAUAAAAUGGAGUCGACGUCCAAGAGCAAAGUUGAAACAACAUCGGAGCUAAUACCAAGCGAUCUCUACGAUCCCAUAUCCGAUGAGGUUUCUUCCACAGCCCCGCUGGAAAAGGGCAAGUCCGAGCUUGAAGAAAGCGAAGAAUCCAGUCCUAGCCUAGAGGCCCCAGAGGUCAAGCAUAAGAAGGAGGAAGCCAAAGUCAAGGCACCCACGGCAAUGGAUGAAACCAAAGUCAAGGUUGAUAAAAAGGCUUCGGUCGAGGAAACUCUAUCGAGAAAUGAGAAACCACAACUGGAUGAUGGGGAACUGUCCCUGAAAUUGUUGGAUAAAGCUACGGCAGAGAUGCCAGCGACUGCGGAGAUGCCACAGACAAGAAAACCGCUGACUGAAAAGAGCCUCCUGCAACACCUCUUCGAUAAGAUUUUCGGCAGGGGCAAGAGUAACGAAGGAAAACGGCAGAUGUCCUCUUACACAGGUCGACGUCACCUUAGCACAAGCUCCGUGGUUGCAAUCUCGCCUAGAAGCUUUUCGCAUUAUAAAUCCAAAACAAUGGGCUCCAGGAGUUGGAAUAAGCGAUUGGUCAAGAGACGAUUGGUCACUAAGAUUAUCAGCGAAGAGAAUCCGAGUCAAGUCUCCCAGGCGGGAUCUCCUGCAAUCAUUUGUCUACAACAGGCCGUGCAGGAGCCGCCCACAUUUGAUUUGUUCGCCAAGGACAAGAACGAUGACACCGAAAUUAAGGGAGGCUCUCCCGAUUGCCCUUCGCCCAAAAAGACGCCGCGUGAGCUUCUCCGUGAGAAGCAGCAAACCAGGAAGAUCAAGAUCCUUGGCGGAUCCGAGGAGUGUGCCAAGAAGAUGAAACGGCUCGAGGAACUCAAGAAGGAAAUGGACGACGAUGACUGUGGGCGGGAACAUUUUUCAAACAACUUGUCGCGGUUUUUUCGCCAGCUCUGGUUUUCUAUAAUUCCAGAUGCGGCAAACCACUCAAGCAAAGUCAAAUAAUCUGCGAAUCGAGAUGCCAUGAAUACGGAGAUGAUGUGAUCGAUCUGAGCCAACAACGUAAACAUGAAGGGGUAGCCCUGAUUGCUUUCUGGAAACCAAUUUUACAGAGUUAAUUGGAUUUAUUUGGAAUUAUCAAUGGGAAGCAACUAACACAAUAUAUAUUUUUAACAACUUACGAUUUAGUUUAUGUUAUUUUAACGUACAAAAUAUAUUCAUGGAACAAU